GCAGUUGGCAGCAACGUGGCUGCGUGCGUGAGUUUGUUAUUGUUUUGCUUCUCGUGUAAGAUGAGUUAUCUCAUGUGCUGCACCGUGUCUGUAUGAUGAAAUAAUAACGCGACGUACUUAAGUAUAACAGAAAUGUGCGAUGGGAAACUAGGCCUUAAGUUCAUUCACCUUUGCGAUGUCUGGAAACCUUUGCUGAAGAGACAAUGGAUUUACAGAGUGAAUUCUGUCUCCGGAAGGAACUUUAGUGUAAAUAAUGGGUGUACCGGCACGAAAAAAGACACGGAGGGGCCCUUCCCGGCGGCGUACCGGCCGCGCGAGGUGGAGCGCGGCUGGAGCGAGUGGUGGGAGGCGCGCGGCUUCUUCGCGCCGGACGCCGUGCCGUCGCCGGGGGCAGCCGCCGUGUUCAGCAUGGUGCUGCCCCCGCCCAACGUGACGGGGCAGCUCCACCUGGGACACGCCCUCGCCUGCACCGUGCAGGACGUGCUGGCCCGCUGGCGCAGGAUGCGCGGGGAGAGCGUGGCGUGGCUGCCCGGACUCGACCACGCGGGCAUCGCCACCCAGGCGCUGGUCGAGCGGACGAUGUGGCACGAGGAGCGGCUGACGCGGCGCGACGUCGGCCGUGAGGCGUUCGAGCGGCGCGCCGAGGCCUGGGCGGAGCGGCAGGCGCACGCCAUCUCGGGGCAGCUGAGGAGGCUCGGCCUGUCCCUCGACUGGUCCCGGGAGUUCUACACCAUGGACGCCAAGCAGUGCGCGGCUGUGACGGAGGCAUUCAUCCACCUGUUCGACGCCGGUCUGGUGUACCGCGACUGCUCGCUCGUCAACUGGUCGUGCGCCCUGCAGUCGGCCAUCUCGGACGUGGAGGUCGUCCACAGGGCGUUCGAGAAGGCGACCCUCGUGCCGGUGCCGGGCCACUCCGAGCCCGUCGAGUUCGGGACCCUGACCGACUUCGCGUACAAGCUCUGCGACUCUGAUGGGGAGGUGGUGGUCUCGACCACGAGACUGGAGACGGCGCUGGGAGACGUGGCGGUGGCCGUGCACCCGCGCGACCCGCGCUACGCGCACCUGCGCGGCGCGCGCGUCUGGAACCCCCUCGCGCGGAGGCAGAUGCCCGUCGUGUUCGACGAGUGCGUCGACAUGAAGCUGGGAACAGGGGCGCUGAAGGUCACGCCGGGCCACAGCGCCGUGGACUUCGACCUGGCCCGCCGGCACGGCCUGGAGGUGGUGUCCGUCAUCACGGAGGACGGCACGCUCGGAGAAAACUGCGGCCAAUUUUCAGGCCUGAAGAGGUUCGACGCGAGGAGGGGGGUACGCGACGCGCUCGCGCGGAUGGGCCUGCUGAGGGGCCGCCGGGACCACGCGGUGCAGGUGCCGUUCUGCAGCCGGUCGGGCGACGCGGUGGAGCUGCUGUCCAGGCCCCAGUGGUUCAUCAGGUGCAAGGCGAUGGCGGAGGAGGCAGCCGCUGCUCUCCAGGACGGCCGGCUCGUCAUCGAGCCGCAGCACUUCGAGAAGGUCUGGUACGACUGGCUCUACAACAUCAGGGACUGGUGCGUCUCGCGGCAGCUGUGGUGGGGGCACCGGGUGCCGGCGUACCGCUGCGCUCGGCCCGGCGCGGCGGAGGGGGAGGGCACGUGGGUGUCUGCAAGCUCAGAGGAGCACGCCCGCAGGAAGGCCGCGGCACAGCUCCGCCUCGGCGCGGAGGAGGCGCGGCAGCUGUCCGUGUCGCAGGACGGGGACGUGCUCGACACGUGGUUCUCGUCCGCGCUGGUCCCCUUCUCCGCGCUCGGCUGGCCCGAGCAGAGCGCGGACUUCAAGAAGUACUACCCGCUGAGCCUGAUGGAGACGGGGCACGACAUCUUGUUCUUCUGGGUGGCGCGGAUGGCGAUGCUGGGCCUGCAGCUGACGUGCCGCCUCCCCUUCGAGAAAAUACUCCUCCAUGGAAUAUUGUGUGAUGCCCACGGGAGGAAAAUGUCCAAGAGUUUGGGGAACGUGGUGUCCCCAGAGGAUGUGAUAUACGGCAUAUCUGCUCAGGAGCUGCAGGAUCGCAACCUGCAGAAGCUGCGGUCCGGCCUGCUGUCCGAGACGGAGCUCCGGAAAGCCACGGACGGCCAGCGGAAGCUGUUCCCGAGCGGGAUCCCGGAGUGUGGGGCCGACGCGCUCCGGUUCACGCUCGCCUCGCACAACGUCAAGAGCACGUUCAUAAACUUCGACGUGGCGGAGUGCCACGCCAACAGCCUGUUCUGCAACAAGCUGUGGCAGGCGGCGCGGUACACGCUCUUGUCGCUGGAGAGGCUGUCGCCCCGGCUCGGCGCGGCUAGCGCGGCCCCCGGGACGUACGACCGCUGGGUGCUGAGCCGCCUGGCGCGCGCCGUCGCCGAGGUGGAGCGGUCGCUGAGCGGCUCCGACCUCCACUCAGCCGCCGCCGCCCUCAGGGCCUUCGUGCACCAGGAGUUCUGCGACGUGUACCUCGAAGCCACGAAGCUGUGUACGAGGGGCGAGGGGGGAGGGGAGGAGGCCGCGGCGGCGUGCCACACCCUCCUGUGCUGCCUGGACGCCACCGUGCGCUGCCUAGCGCCCUUCAUGCCGUUCCUGAGCGAGGAGCUGUACCAGCGCCUGCCCCUGGAGAGGGCCGCCGAGACGGUCGCGCUGGCCCCGUACCCGACCCCUGAGCAGUGGGAGCAGUGGAGAGACGAGGCGCUGGAGAGCGAGAUGCGGACCGUCUUGGAGGUGGUCUCUGCCCUCCGGCGACUCAAAGGGGCCUACAUUCAGUGUGCCAAGAGGCCCUUGGCGUACCUGCUGGUGAAGGACGAGGCGGGACGGGAGACGCUGCAGGAUCACGUCGCGCUGGUGGCACACCUGGCGCGCUGCGAGAGCGUCGCGGUGGUGGACGCCCUGCCCCAGGCCGCGAGGGCGACGGCUGCCUCCUGCUGCGUCGGGCCGGACUGCACGGUGUACCUGCAGCACCAGGGCGCGGCGGCCGCUGCCCGGGAGGACAUCGCCAACCGGAGGGACAAGAUCUCCAAGGAGCUGGACCGGCUGCUGAAGAUGACCGCGUCCAGCGGCUACCGCGAGAAGGCGUCCCCGCAGAUACAGAGCACGCACAUGGCCAAGAUCGAGACGUUGAAGACGGAACUGAAGCGGCUGGACAACCUCAAAGUGCCGAGCUGAGAGUCGGUAGGAGGGAUGUGCGUGUGACGACCUUGCGCGCGUGCCACCAGAGCACGGCACGGCUCUGCCGAAACGUAGUCUGCGCAAAUUGUGUUUAAUGUUGCUCUAGAGUUGUGCGAAUGUUACCCUUUUUUUUAUUAUUUUUAUUUUAUAAAGCGAAACUCAACCGAAAAAUAAUUUUAAUAUUUGCAGGGUUCUGAAACAAAAAUGGAAAAUUGACCAGCUGGAUAUGAAGAGUAUUUCAAAAAAACUUCAUGUCACUUGGAUGGUAACCGAACUAGACUACCUUUGAAAUGGAGUCUCUUAAUAUUAUACUAUAGUCUGUUAUAUCUGACAAUACAUGUGUAGGUAUAAAAUACCAUUAAACUUUUAAUUUUUCUUUUAUAUAGAACUGCAUCUUUUAAUUCCUACAAAUACAUCAAAUAUUCCUACUACCCUUAAUGUCAUUGAAGGUGUUACCAUAUUCCUUGUGAGAAAUAUUUGUUUGGAAAAUAAAAAAUGUUUUUUUGUGUUUGUAUUCGAGAGACUGACUAUCGUACCUGGAGCAAAAGGUAUGAGUUUGUGUUCUGGCUUUCUUCCUAGGAAAGUGCUGUAUUGCUGUGAUUGUGGUAGUUGUCCACUGAUAGUUGUAAUAAAAACCAGUUACAAUUUGUGA